AUGUUCUACAUAGUUGGUUUGGGUCUUGGCGGACCCAAAGACAUCACUGUUAGAGGCUUGGAAAUUAUAAAAGGUUGUCAAAGGGUGUAUUUAGAAGCUUAUACCUCUAUCCUCUCUUGUGGUACAGAAGCCCUGGAAGAAUUUUACGGACGGAAAUUGAUAGUAGCUGAUAGAGAUUUAGUGGAACAAGGAGCUGAUGAUAUUUUGGAAGGUUCCUUGAAUACAGAUAUUGCCCUACUAGUAGUAGGUGACCCUUUUGGUGCUACUACCCACACUGAUCUCAUUUUAAGAGCAAGAGAAAAAGGCAUUAAGUUUCAAGUGAUCCACAACGCAUCCAUUCUUAAUGCUGUAGGCUGUUGUGGAUUGCAAUUAUACAGUUUUGGGGAAACUGUAUCUAUUCCUUAUUGGACUGAUGAAUGGCAACCUGAUAGUUUCUUUGACAAAAUUGUUAAUAACUAUUGCAACAAGUUACAUACUCUAUGUUUAUUAGACAUCAAAGUUAAAGAGCCAACUUUGGAAAGUUUGACUAGGAAAAAGAAGGAAUUUAUGCCACCCAAAUUUAUGACUGUGAAUGAAGCAUCUAAGCAGCUUCUUGAAAUUGUUAGCAGAAGGACAAAAGCUGGUGAGAAACCUAGUAUUACUGGAGAAAGUUUGUGUGUAGGACUAGCAAGAGUGGGAUCUGAAACCCAACAAAUUGUAGCAUGUAGUAUGAGGUGUAUGUCAAACUAUGAUUUAGGAGGGCCUUUACAAUCCCUAAUUAUUGUAGGACCUAUGAUUCAUCCCUUAGAAAUUGAAUAUUUAGAACAGUUUAGAUUGAAACAAUGA